AUGCUUUCUUUGCGGAAGAAAGUGGAGCUUAAGACUCCGCAUGCCCGCAAGCAGCAUAUGCAAUCAACUUCACAUCUAGAGGAUGGGAACUCUAGCGGCUCUGAACCUGCGACGAACUCUGCAUCGCUUGUAGAUACAAGGAUUAUUAGCGCAACUGGGGGGCAGGAUCAAAAAGUUUUCAAUGACUUGGAUCAGAAUACCUUCACAGAUAUCGACAACACCUUUUCCGUAUUUACCGUCAUAUUUGAACAAUUGAAGAGUCCCAAUGCAGAGGAGAAGAAGAUCGCAUACAACGAACUAGAGGCCUCUUUGCUCUCCAUAUCGAGAGAAUUGUCUGCAGAACAAUUUCAACGCUUCAGCAAUACAUUAAACAACAAAAUCUUUGAACUGAUGCAUGGCUCUACGCCCAAUGAAAAGAUUGGUGGGAUUCUGGCAGUUGACGUUCUUAUUUCUCUUUAUUCACACACAGAUGAACUACCCAACCAAACAGCUCGUCUUGCGAACUACCUGCGAAUGCUGAUACCGACAAGCGAUAUUGAGGUGAUGAGAUUGGCUGCAGAGACUUUAGGGAAACUCGCAGUGCCGGGCAGCACGUUGACUUCGGAUUUCGUCGAACUUGAGGCGAAAACGUCGCUAGAAUGGCUGUCGUCUCUUCCGGAGAACAACACGAGUGUUAAACAAGAGUAUAAAAAACAUGCCGCAUUGUUGAUUUUAUCAGCUCUUGGAGAAAACUCACCAUACCUACUUUAUCCGUUUGUGGAUUCCAUACUGGAAAAUAUAUGGCGAGCCUUAAGGGAUAAUAAACUUGUUAUUAGAGUGGAUGCAGCCAAUCUAUUAGGAAAAUGUCUCAAUGUGUUGAAACAAAGGAACAUUGACAACUCCAACGAGCAGUGGGUCAGCAGAUUAUAUGGGGGUUGUAUACAAGGCCUACAGAUGAACACAAUUGAAUCUAUUCACGCCACUUUACUGGUGUAUAGAGAACUUCUUAGUUUAGAUACCGAUAAAUUCUUAAAGGCCAAAAUUACGGACGUUUUCCAAAACUGCAUGCUCUUGAAGGAUCAUAAGGUUGAUGUCAUUCGGCUAGAGGUUUACAGGAUCUUACCUUUGUUGGCAUCAUUUGACAGGGAUAGGUUUGUGGAGAAAUACCUAGACGUAAUAAUGGCCCAUUACUUAUCUACGCUGAAAAGCAUGCACAUCACUUCUUCAAUUGGAUCCGAUAAGGCAUCAAUAUUUGUUUCCAUGGGUGAGAUUGCAGCUAGAACCGGCCCAAAAAUUGAGGUUUACAUAGACCCCAUCCUAGAGAAUGUCCGAGAUGGGUUUAAAAGCAAAUUCAAAGUACGGAAACACUAUGAAAAGGAACUGUUCUUUUGCGUGAGUCAAUUAAGUGUCGCUGUAGGUCCGGCACUAGCAAAAUACCUAACCAAAGAUAUCUUGAAUUACAUUUUCUCGUGCAUCUUAUCGGACUAUAUGGAAGAAGCCUUGAGCACAAUCAUGGAAAAGAUUCCUGCUUUGAAACCGAUAAUAAGCAAAAGACUACUGACACUGUUAAGCUACUAUUUGUCCGGUGCGAAAUUUGAUCAUUAUAAAAUAGAGAAAGCACAAAGCCCUUUCAGUCUCGAUAAGGCAAGGAAUUGGAGGACGCGACAUGUUUUCAACAAAAACGACGAACCCAAGGACGAAACUAAAGAUGUUCGUCUUGUGGCCCAGGCUUUAAGAAUGAUUAACAAAUUACAGUACGGUGGGCCUUUGAAACACUUUGCUUGUUUUGUCACGAUUGCCUACAUUGAAUUUGAAAAUCCCGUUGUAAGAAAACUUGCGGCCUUAACUACCUGUGAACUGUUUUCGAGGGACACAAAAUCUUAUACAAUUGGGGUCAAAGAGCUUAGAGCUGUUUCAGAAACACUCACCAAACUACUGAUGAUUGCAAUCACCGAUCCAGUUGCCGAUAUUAGACUACAAACAAUACAACAUCUGUCAGGGUGCUUUGAUGCCCAACUAUGCCAACCAGAUAACCUCCGUUUGAUUUCACUGGCAUUGAAGGAUGAAAUGUUCAGUAUUCAAAAAGAAACACUCUUACUACUCGGUAGAUUAAGUCGUCUAAAUUCAAUGUAUCUUGUUCCGGCUCUUCGAAGGACCCUAUUGGAGCUUUUAACGGAACUGGAACAUGCUACGUGGCCAAGAAAGAAGGAGGAAUGCAUAGUUCUCAUGCAGCUGGUGAUCAGUUCUAAUGAGGAUGUAUCUAGACCUUAUCUGAAACCAAUCCUUGAUAUGCUUCUUACAAAAACAAAAGAUUCUUUUUCUACGGUGUCUUGCACGGCUAUACAAGCCAUAGGUGAGUUAUCAGUAGUUGCAGGUAAUGACAUGCAACCGUACUUAAAUCAAUUGAUGUCCCUUAUCAUUGAUAUAUUUCAGGAUCAGCCACAUUCUUUCAAAACCAAAGUUGCAUUAAAAACGUUGGGCCAACUGGCUUCGUCAUGUGGUUAUGUCAUACGUCCAUUGUUGGAUUACCCAGAGCUACUGGGAAUACUUCUGCGACUACUGAAACCUGACAACGAUUUUGACACCAGAAGAGAAACUUUGAGACUUUUGGGUAUCCUAGGUGCAUUGGAUCCAUAUAAACAUAGAGAAGUGGAGGUGACCUCCAGAUCGAAAACUACUGCCGGUCAAACAACACCUUUCAUGGACAUUGCCCUUUUGAUGCAAGGAAUGUCCCCAAGCAACGAAAAUUAUUGCCCAAAGGUUGUUUUACACUCUUUGACAAACAUUUUAGAUGACAACUCUUAUGCCACUCAUCACACUGCAGUUGUGCAAUCAAUGAUGCACAUUUUACAAAAUAUGGGUUUAAGAGGUGUGUCAUUCCUCAGCGAGGUAGUACCAGCCAUCACAUCUGUAAUGAAAACUUGCCCACCUUCGUUUUUGGAAUUUUAUUUUCAGCAGAUUAUCGUACUGGUAUCAUUAUCGCAAGAGCAUAUAAAUACCGAAGUCAUUUCGAUUUUUGAGGUGAUCAAAGAAUUUUUUCCAAUUGUUAACCUUCAGAAUACGAUCACAUCCACGAUCGAGGCGAUUUCAAAGGCUAUUGGGCCUGAUUUCCGUGUUUACAUGCCCUCAAUAUUGACAUCAUUCCUAACUGUCCUUGAAAGUGACAAGUCGAUCAAAAAGCAAUCUUCAAUAAGGAUACUAAAAUGUCUUGUAAUUUUCGGGGCCAACUUGGAAAACUACUCACAUUUGAUUUUACCAACUAUAAUUCGAAUUGCAGAGUUUUCAUCAGGCACGUUGAAGAGGAUGGCCAUUGUAACCAUUGGUAAACUUGCUAAGACAAUUGACAUUUCAGAAUUCUCUUCACGAAUUGUACAAAGUUUAAUUAGGUCACUUAACACUGGUGAAAAGGAAGUUAAUAAAGCUAUUAUGAAUACUCUAUGCCUAUUACUUCUACAAAUGAAUACAGAUUUUAUCAUCUACAUUCCGAUUCUCAACAAGACACUUGUACGCAAUAGAGUACAACAUUCAGUAUAUGAUCAAUUGACAAAUAGAUUGUUAAACAAUGAGGGCCUUCCGAGCAGCAUCAUUUUUGACAAGGAAGCUGAUAUAGAAGAAAAUGACUUAUCUGAUAAAUAUGGUGAAAUGAAAAAACUUCCGAUCAACCAAGAAGUAUUGUGUGCUACAUGGGACUGCACACAGGUUAGAACACAGGAGGAUUGGCAAGAAUGGUUUAGACGGCUAUCAAUACAGCUGUUACGAGAAUCGCCUUCGCAGUCGAUACGUGCGUGUUCCAAUCUAAUUAGUAUUUCGUAUCCGCUUGCCAAGGAGCUUUUCAACAUUUCGUUUUCGAGCUGCUGGAGAGAACUGUCCACGGAAAACCAGGAUUCGUUGGUGCAAUCGUUGUGCUCUGCUCUUUCUGCUGCGGCAACACCCCCAGAAAUCAACCAGACUUUAUUGAAGCUGAUCGAAUAUAUGGACCAUGAUGAUAAUGCGCUGCCCAUCCCCAUACACAAGUUAGGUGAAUAUGCCCAAAAUUGCAAUGCUUACGCAAAAGCACUGCGUUACAAGGAAAUGGAAUACCAACAAGGUUCCGACGAUUCUAUCAUUGAAUCUUUGAUAAAUAUAAAUAAUCGACUCCACCAAACUGAUGCAGCCAUAGGAAUAUUAAAAGAGGCACAAAAGAACCAUGAUUUGCAAUUGAAGGAAACCUGGUAUGAAAAGCUAGAAAGAUGGGAGGAUGCGCUCAACUCUUACAACGAACGGGAGGCAGCCGGAGAAAAAUCGCCUGAAAUAAUUGCUGGUAAGGUGAAAUCUUUAUACGCUCUGGGUGAAUGGGACCGUCUAUCUGAAAUUGUCACAACGAGAUGGAACGAUUCAAGUAACGAGCUUCGUCAACAAAUAGCCCCAUUAGCUGCAGGAACAGCAUGGGUACUGGGCCAUUGGGAUUCGAUCAACAAAUAUGUUGAUGUUCUAACACCGCUCUCACAAAACCGCGAAUUUUUUGAGACAGUUAUAUCGAUCCAUGAGACCGAUUUUUCCGACGCUACAGAGCGUUUUACCAAUCUCCGCAAUCUUUUGAUAACCAAUCUUUCUGGCUUAACCAAUGAGAGUUAUAGCAGGACCUAUAACAUCAUUGUUAAAGCACAAGUUAUAUCAGAACUCGAAGAGAUUGUGAAAUAUAAGAGUCUUCCAUAUAAUUCCGAGAAAAGAAAAGUAAUGAAAGAUACCUGGAAUAAGAGAAUACUUGGCAUUCAAAGAAAUGUUGAUAUUUGGCACGGAGUUCUUUUAGUGAGGUCCCUUGUCUCGGAACCGAAGGACGAUUUGGACAUUUGGAUCGAGUUUGCAAAUCUCUGUAGAAAGUCCAACCGGAUGGGACUGGCUAAAAAGGUUUUGAAUUCAUUAAUGGAAGACGGACUAGAUCCAGCUCACAAAAAUAGUGCACUAGCCCCUCCCUCCGUCAUAUACGCACAUCUGAAAUACUUAUGGACAUAUGGGUCUCAAGCAGAGGCUCUCGAUCGCUUAACACAGUUUACUUCUCGCCUCGUUUUUGAUUUAGGACUGGACUCACAGCAUGUAAUUGUUCCGAAUAUAUCUGGAAAGAGCAAAUUUUGUCCAAGUAAAGUCAAUGAGUAUUCUGAUCUCCUCUCGAAAUGUUUUGUGAAGCAAGGGGAGUGGAUGGUUGCUUUAGAUCCGAACUGGCGAAUCAAGAAUCCGGACACCAUCCUGAGCUCUUACCUUCUGGCGACACACUUCAACAAGUCUUCUUACAAGGCGUGGCAUAAAUGGGCUUUGGCCAAUUUUGAAGUAAUAUCGAUUACACUUUCAAACUCGAAGGAAAAAAGUCUGCCGUUAAGCGGAGCUCAUGGUAUGAACAGUAGUAGUUUGAACAAUGAGUAUAAGGAAGAAUUGAUUAAGCGACACGUUGUCCCUGCCAUUAAAGGGUUUUUUCAUUCUAUUGCUCUUUCUGAAUCAAGCUCUUUACAAGAUGCUCUCAGAUUGCUCACCUUAUGGUUUACCUUUGGUGGUAUUCCACAUGCGACCCAGGCCAUGAGUCAAGGGUUCAGUUUGAUCCAAUUAGGAACUUGGCUGGAGGUUUUACCCCAGCUGAUCUCACACAUCCACCAAUCGGAUCAAAUUGUAAGCAGGUCCCUCCUCUCGCUGUUAUCAGAACUGGGCAAAGCGCAUCCCCAAGCAGUGGUUUACCCUUUGACAGUUGCGAUUAAAUCGGAGUCCGUUUCUCGCAGGAAGGCGGCGCAAUCGAUUAUUGAUAAAAUGAGAGUCCAUAGCGCCCAACUAGUAGAACAGGCAGAACUGGUUAGUCAUGAACUUAUCAGGGUUGCUGUAUCGUGGCAUGAGCAAUGGUAUGGGGGACUUGAAGACGCGAGCAGAGAGUUUUUUGGAGAACAGAAUAUCGGGAAGACGUUUGCAAUUUUACAGCCGCUACACGAGAUGAUCAAGAAGGGGCCGGAAACAUUACGGGAAACGUCCUUUUUAAAUUCUUUUGGGCGUGAUUUGAACAUAGCGGAAGAAUGGAUGGAUAAUUACAAGAAGACCGAAGACGUCAGCAACCUUAACCAGGCUUGGGAUAUUUAUUAUUCCAUCUUUCGAAAGAUUAGUAAACUUCUACCCCAACUACAGACCUUAGAGCUGCAACAUGUCUCACCAAAGUUGCUAGCUGCAAAAGAUUUUCAGUUAGUUAUACCUGGUACUUAUGCUGUCGGGAAGGAGCUCGUCACCAUCUCAAGAUUCGAACCCAAAUUUACAGUGAUCUCUUCGAAACAGAGACCGCGGAAGUUUACGAUAAAAGGCUCCGACGGUAAAAACUACCAAUAUGCCCUAAAGGGACAUGAAGAUAUCAGACAGGAUAGUCUAGUGAUGCAGUUGUUUGGCUUGGUUAAUACCUUAUUGCAAGGCGAUACAGAAUCAUUUAGGAGACAUUUGGAUAUUCAGCAGUUUCCAGCUAUUCCAUUAUCACCACGUUCAGGUUUGUUAGGAUGGGUUUCAAAUAGUGACACAUUCCAUGUACUGAUAAAAGAGCAUAGAGAUGCCAACAAGGUUCCAUUAAACAUAGAACACUGGGUGAUGCUACAAAUGGCACCUGAUUACGAUAACCUAGCAUUGUUGCAAAAGAUCGAGGUGUUCCAAUAUUCGAUGGAAAACACUAAAGGUGACGAUCUAUCGCAGGUGCUAUGGUUGAGGAGUAAAUCCUCAGAAUCAUGGUUGGAACGGAGAACCACUUAUACUAGAUCGCUUGCCGUCAUGUCCAUGGUUGGUUACAUAUUGGGGCUGGGUGACAGGCAUCCAAGUAACUUGAUGCUUGACCGUACGACGGGGAAAGUAGUGCACAUUGAUUUUGGGGAUUGCUUUGAAACGACUAUUCUUAGAGAGAAGUUCCCAGAGAAAGUUCCCUUCCGGUUAACAAGGAUGCUGCGAGAAGCGAUGGAAGUUAGCGGGAUAGAAGGAAGCUUUAGAAUAACAUGCGAGCAUGUCAUGCGGGUGCUGCGCGAGAAUAAGGAAUCUCUGAUGGCUAUCUUGGAGGCGUUUGCUUUCGAUCCGUUAAUUUACUGGGGGAUUGAUCUGCCUACAGAAAAGAUGAUGGAAGAAAUCGGCGUGGACCAUCAGCCAAUCAACCCGAACGAUCUGAUCAAGAGCGGCGCAAUUUCAUCUGAAGAGGCACUUGACCUAGAAGAGCUCAGAGAGCAAGACAUACGGAACGCACGCGCUGCUCUUGUUUUGAAACGUAUUGACAAUAAGCUGGUUGGCAACGACUUUGCGGGAUACGAAGAGCUGGAUGUACCCAAACAAGUUGACAAACUAAUCCAGCAAGCGGUUUCCAUAGAAAAUUUGUGCCAACAUUACAUCGGCUGGUGCCCAUUCUGGUGA